GUUACUUAUUACUACUAUCGGUCGAUCUUUUUUUUUUCUUCCAAUUUUCUAUCCAAUAUUUUGUAUCCGUUUUGGGAUCCUUGACUAAUCCGGAUUCACUACAAAAAAAGGGGUAAUUUUUGCAGUGAUUCACGCCUCCCUCUUUCCAUUAGAUCAAGUUAGCACGUAUGAUGCUCCACGCAACUAUAUUCAAUCAAUUGAGUGGAGAGAGAAAUUAGAUCAAUCGUCAUCCUUCGCUCUUGUGCUAAUUAAAGGCUCUCUCACAACAUGUCGUCAUUACAUCCUUUUUCAAAAGGGUGGAUGUUUUUCUCCUAGAUUCAUCGAAAUUUCAAAUUGACAUCUCGACAAUAAUUUUGUUCUUGAUCAUAAUGGCCUUAAUUGGCGAAUGACUUGCCAACCUUUAAGGCCCAUUAAUAGAGGAGAAAGCGAUUACCAGUAUUUUUUUCAUUAUCAGGCUCAAACCCAAGAACUCGGGUUCAGGGUGAAAAUCCUAUUAAUCUCACCACCACCCUAGAUGAAAACAGCAAAAUAAAUGGUGCAGCACCUUAUAGAAAAGUGCCUGAUUUUCAAAAUGACAAAAGAAGAGUGCAUGGAGGCACUAUCCAAGCAUGCAAACAUCAAACCCGUAAUCACUGCUACUGUGUGGAAAGAGUUAGAGAAAGAGAACAAAGAGUUCUUCGAGGAAUACUCACAAUCGCAGAACAGAGAUCGCAUGACAGAAGCAGAAACUAGUGCUAUGAUACAAAAAAUGAUAUCAGAUUCCAAAGAAUCCGACGAAGCAUGUUCUUCCAAGGAAUCGGACAAGGAUUAAUAGUAGUAACAUAUAUUAUUCCCACGAGAAAGCGAUCUAACCUGUUGAGUUCUUGUUGGCACCUAGUGUUGGUAUUACACUUAAUAUUCCUUCUUCACAAGCUGCCAAACUCAAAGGCAAUUAAUAAUUAUAGUACUAUAUAAUUCAGGGGCAAAUUUAUUAUGUAAAUUAUGAUGCACGUGAAUUCAUGAUCUUUCUGUAAAACUAGAUGUUUUAUGUACAUGUUUUUAAAAAUUGAUACUCCGUAUAAUAAUAUAUGUUGGCAACCAUGCUCUAAAAAGGUUGAAUGGUGCACUUGGUUGAAUGUUAAGUUAUUUACCUAGAGAAAUAAGGAUCA